UGGAAUUCCGUUUCCGGUUUAGGGAGUGGACUCUGAUUUCCUUUUUCGUCACUUUCAACUAACUUUCAUUUCCACGUCAACUCGGAAAGUUUGAACACAGCAGCGGCGAUAAUAAAGUUUUCUUCUGACAAUGGCGUCGUCCCCUCAAAAGUCACCGUCUUCUCCGAAAUCCCCGACGACGCCUAAAUCGCCUUCUUCCAGGAAGAAAGACGACUCUUUUCUGGGCAAACUUGGUGGGACUCUGGCAAGGAGAAAGAAAGCGAAAGAAGUGUCUGAGCUUCAGGAAGAGGGGAUAAAUGCCAUUAACCUUCCUCUCAGUCCCACCCACUAUGAGUUGGACCCUGAGGACACCAUGCUAGAGGAGAAUGAGGUACGAACCAUGGUGGAUCCGAACUCCAGGAAUGACCGGAAACUGCAAGAGCUCAUGAAGGUGUUGAUCGACUGGAUAAAUGAUGUUCUUGUUGGGGAGAGGAUCAUCGUAAAGGAUCUGGCUGAAGAUCUCUAUGAUGGACAGGUCUUGCAGAAACUAUUCGAAAAACUAGAAGGUGAGAAACUCAAUGUGGCAGAGGUGACACAGUCAGAAAUUGCCCAGAAACAGAAGCUGCAGACUGUUUUGGAACGCAUCAACGAUUCACUCAAACUCUCCACCAGGAGCAUUCGCUGGAAUGUUGACUCGGUACAUGCAAAGAGCAUAGUUGCAAUCCUGCACCUGCUGGUGGCGUUGUCACAACACUUCAGAGCACCCGUCAGACUGCCAGACCAUGUUUCCAUUCAAGUAGUCGUUGUCCAGAAAAGAGAGGGCAUUCUCCAAUCAAGACAAAUUCAAGAAGAAAUCACUGGCAACACAGAGGCUUUCUCCGGAAGACAUGAACGCGAUGCUUUUGACACCCUGUUCGACCACGCUCCAGAUAAACUGAAUGUUGUCAAAAAGACGCUGAUCACGUUUGUAAACAAACACCUGAACAAGCUCAACCUAGAGGUGUCGGAACUGGAAACACAGUUUGCAGAUGGUGUUUAUCUGGUGUUGCUAAUGGGGCUGCUGGAGGGAUACUUUGUGCCACUCUACAACUUUUUUCUCACACCUGAAAAUUUUGACCAAAAGGUUCAUAAUGUAUCCUUCUCCUUCGAGCUCAUGCAGGAUGGAGGUCUGGAGCGACCAAAGCCAAGGCCAGAGGACAUAGUGAACUGUGACCUUAAGUCAACCCUGCGUGUCCUCUACAACCUCUUCACCAGGUACAGGAAUGUAGACUGAAGACACACGCAGCAAGAGGAACGCUUUUUAUCUUAUGAACCAAGGACCACACUCCAAAGCUUAAAAAAUGUAUUCCAUUUUUGACAAAAAGGUGUUUCAUUGAAAUGAAAAUAUUUCACUUCUUAAGGCGAACUGACACGAGGCCAAUGGCACUGUAAAUGGGCCCACUUAACACCUGAUGCACGGUAUGUCUGGCUAGUGUGAAUGCACUGAAUCUAGCCCAGGUGUAGCACGUGUCUCGUUUUGGUUAGGAACUGGCACGAUUCCAUGUGCACACUCACACGCAAUGUAGCGGAUUCAUAGACUGACUGUAAUGUGAUCACUCUUUGUAGAUUUAUAUAAUAACUGACACAAUUUAAAAUAAGAACGCCAUAAAUCCUUGUAAAGCCCCCUUUUUGUGGCAUUCAGACAUUUUAGACACCAUUUAGAGGGGACCUAUGAUUAUUAUUUUCUUUCUUGACUUAUAAAUGUUACACUGUUGGAUACUUGUGUUAAACAAUGUCAAAGCGUCAAAUCAAAAGGUUCAUGCUUUUUGCAGUGAGCUUGCAUGCAGUUUUGGAUGCCUCGACCAGCGGUGUUUUGCAGUCUGGCUAUGAUGUGACAUCACAGCGAGGUGCACAUACGUACUUGGACAUUAAGUCAAGCCAAAAGGGGAGGAGCUUUGUCCAGUAUGAGGCCAGCUGAGUUUGAGGAAACGUAAAAUAAGGUACAAAUAUCAUAUUAUUUUCAUCUACUCUCGGCAUGAGCAUAAUAACACUGAUGUGCAUCGCAAAAGAUAAAUUAUGAUUGGGGAUGUGCCGAUCAAUCGACCGAGUUCUAUGAAAAACUAUGUGAUCAGCCAUUGCCAAUUAAUCUCUUUUAAUGCCAAUCACAUACACUGAUUCUCUCUGACUGACAAGCGGUUAGCAGCUAAUUAUUUCUCUCAAUAAACAAUGCUGAGUUGCUCCCCCAAGUCAAUAAUAAUCACCUCCAUUUCAGCAGAUGAACUGAAUUUCUUAAUAUAUAUUAAGUUUUGUUAGCACUGGAGGAUGAGGCUAAACAUGUUCCACAUAGAGAGAAAGCCAGGCGCCGGCUUUCUUUUCGCUUGAUUAUUAAAGGGGAUCAUUAUCACAAUUUCUGAAGGGUUAAAACCAAUAAAAAUCAGUUCCCAGUGGCUUAUUUUAUUUUUCGAAGUUUUUGUCUAAAUUUUACCCAUCACGCAAUAUCCCAAAAAACGGCUUCAAAGUGCCUGAUUUACACCAUCGCUAUAUCCACCCGUGUAUUGUCCUGUGACGUCACUGCGUGAAGCCACCUGAAACAAACAUGGCGGAUAGCACAGAAAGGUAUAGCAUAGUAGCUCGGAUUUAGACUCUGAUUUCAGCGCCGUAAGCGAUUCAACAGAUUACGCAUGUAUUGAAACGGAUGGUUGGAGUGUGGAGGCAGGUUCCGAAAACGAAAUUAAAGAAGAAACAGAAGCUUUUGAGCCAUAUCACGACAGACAGCGGCACUGGAGAAAGCGCGGACGAAUUCGGCGAUCGCCUUCCAACCAACGAUUGGUAUGUGUUUGUUUGGCAUUAAAUGUGGGUGGAGGGAAAGGCUGGAUGCAAAUAUAGCUACAAAUGAGGCAUAAUGAUGCAAUAUGUACAUACAGAUAGCCUAAAUAGCAUGUUAGCAUCGAUUAGCUUGCAGUCAUGCCGUGACCAAAUAUGUCUGAUUAGCACACUCCACAUAAGUCAAUAACAUCAACAAAACUCACUUUUGUGAUUUCGUUGACUUUAUCGUUGGAAAUGCAUCUGCUUUGAGUGUCGCAGGAUAUCCACACAUUCUUGCCAUCUCUGUCGUAAAAUAGCUGUCGUCGGUACAGUGUGCAGAGCAAACAAGGGACUUUCGCAUCUUUUCACCACUGGUGCAACUUGAAUCCGUCUCUGUUCGUGUUGUUACAUCCUCCGACAGCACACCGACGAGGCAUGAUGUCUCCAAAGUACCGGUAAAUAGUAGAAAAUAACAGAGCUGAUUUGACUUGGUGUGUGGAAUGUGUUUGAGAAAAUGGCGGGUCGCUUCACGAUGUAACGUCACGGGUGAAAGGUCAUUGCUCCGACAGGCGAACAAUUGAAAGGCAUUUAAAUCGCCAAAUUCACCCUUUUAGAGUUCGAAAAUCGGUUAAAAAAACAUAUGGUCUUUUUUCUGCAACAUCAAGGUAUAUAUUGACGCUUACAUAGGUCUGGUGAUACUGUUCCCCUUUUAACAUGUAGCUUAAAACCACACCAAUAAAUAAGUGCUUAGUAAAGUUUAACCACGUUAAAGGCAGAAAGUAAGCAGUUAUUAACAGGAAAUGAACAAGUACAUAAAAGUCUAGAGAGAGGAUCAUCUAACAACAACUGUUUGUGUGUCAGCAUUGGAACAUCAGCACAUAACACGUUAGAGGGGGAUCGGAUUGAUCCAUAAAGUGGUGGUGUCGGUAUUAAGGGUAGUAUCGGUAUAUGAUCAAUACAGGGGGAUCCGAUUGAUAUUUUCAUUUUUGAAAAAUCUUCUUUUUGUUAAUGUUUACAAACUCUGGGAAUAAUUCCCCUUGACACAGUAUGACUUUGAGGGCAAACCCCAAAGGCCUAAAAUGAAUAGUAGAUAGUCUUCCUGCUUUUGUUUAGUUAUUGUGUACUCUUGACUUGGUCUUGAGCAAACAAUUGUUUGUAAUAAAAUAAGGAAAUAUUUUAACUAGUGUGAUAAUGUUAAAUUGUCAACAGCACUUACCAUAAAUACAAAUGAAAAUGUACAGUUUAUACAAGUGAUCGGUCGCUCUCACUCAUGGAUGGUUGGUAUUAGAACCGUGAGCAUAACCCCUUGAUCGGAACAUCCCUAAUAAUUAUACUUUUGGAGAGGGUGGGGCAAGGUUUCAUUUGCUGCGAACACCUUCACAACCGAACAUCUUGCAGACAGACUCAAAAAAACGUGUUAUUAUAGUGAAUGUGGAGCAAAAUUUCUACCAAAGCAUAUCCAAUAGAUGUUAUCUACACCACAAAGGAGUGUUUUAAAUGUUAAUUAAAAUCAUCAUUAGGUCCCCCUAAUAUAUUUGUGAGGCAAUCAAUAAUUCUCGAAAAUGUCAACUUCGUGAUAAGAUUUAUUUUAAGAUGUAUAAAAAUGCCACAUUGUAUUUAUUACACAUUCUGAUACACAAGUGCCUCUUUUGUUUUCACGUCUAAUACUUGAUAAUAUUGUCAGAUCUUAACCUCAGACAGAAAAUUACCUUCAUUUGCUUGCCAACAUUUAAGAGUCAACAAAGCACCUUCAAUUAUAAUCUGAUAAAGUUUGCUUGGAUAGUUUUGAAGACUCCUGUUACCAUUUAGUGCAGUGGUUCUCAACAAAGAGAUAAAAAAGUAAAAUACAGCACUAUGUCAUCAGUUUCUGAUUUAUUAAAUUGUAUAACAGUGCAAAAUAUUGCUCAUUUUUAGUGGUCUUUCUUGAACUAUUUGGAAAAAAAGAUAUAAAUAUAACUAAAAACCUGUUGAAAAAUAAACAAGUGAUUCAAUUAUAAAUAAAGAUUUCUACACAUAGAAGUAAUCAUCAACUUAAAGUGCCCUCUUUGGGGAUUGUAAUAGAGAUCCAUCUGGAUUCAUAAACUUCAUUCUUAACAUUUCUUCACAAAAAAAUACAUCUUUAACAUCAAUAUUUAUGAAACAUGUCCACAAAAAAUCUAGCUGUCAACACUGAAUAUUGCAUUGUUGCAUUUCUUUUCACAGUUUAUAAACUUAUAUUCAUAUUUUGUUAAAGUAUUAUUCAAUAGAUAUAUUAAUAAAGGAUUUUAAAAUUGUUGCUACUUUUCGAAUAUUAAAAAAAAAAUCUCACGUACCCCUUGUCAUACCUUCAAGUACCCCCAGGGGUAAGCGCACCCCCCUUUGAGAACCACUGAUUUAGUGUAUGUGGACCAAAUCAUUUAGGGCUGUUUAUAAUCUGAUCACAAUUUGUCCGGCAACAUAGAAGUGACUGAUUUAUUAAAUGUAUUUUAGCGUCUGUGGAGACCAGGGGUCCCCCAAACUUUGUUUUUUUUCACAUGCACACAUAUAUGUAUAUAUACAUGUAUAAGUGUAUGUAUAUGUGUGUGUGUGUGUGUGUGUGUGUGUGUAUAUAUAUAUAUAUAUAUAUAUAUAUAUAUAUAUAUAUAUACAUACACACUGUAUGUGUGUGUGUAUAUAUAUAUAUAUAUAUGUAUAUAUAUAUAUAUAUAUAUACACACACACACACACACACACAUAUAAUCCAAAAGGAAUAACGUCACUUUCAACUUCACAACUUUGACUUUUUUUUACCCAUUUGCUAUUUAACUAAUGCUGGACGCAUUCUCGGCCACACAAAGAGUCGGACAUCGUAACACUAACAAUGCGUGUCGUUACAAUACGUUGUGUUGUGUCAGCUAGCAAUGCUGCCCACAUGCUAUCUAUCAUGUAUGUACUGUGUUUAUAUGUUUAUCUGUGGCAUUUAUUAAACAGUUUUAUUCCCAGA